AUGGAUUACCUAUUCCUACAUUGUACCUUUGCCUCCGAGGUUUGGAGUCUCGUCCCUUUGAGAUCACCCUUCUGCUCCUCUGCGUGCCCAUCAGUUAUAAACGCAAUUGAAGAGUCUGGACGAUGGGCUUGUCUUCCUCCAACAGGUGUCUCGACGAAUAUCCUCUUCUGGAUCAUGUGGGCUCUAUGGACAACACGCAAUCAGCUAGUGUUCGAAUCGAGACACCAAUCACCCUUAGCGGUAGUGUCGCGCGCAAUGGCCGGUGCACAAGAAUGGAAGCUAGCCCAAUUUACUUCUGAUCCUCCUAGAACCAUACAAAAGGGAAUAGCUCUCGCGCUGACACCAACGGUACCGCAAGGUACAAUCCUCUGUAAUAGUGAUGCAGCUUGGAAUCAGAACUCUGAAUCGACGGGACUUGGAUGGAUCUUCACACCUCCAGGAUCCCCAACUCUCCAGGGUUCACAAUACCAGACUCAUGUGCAAUCGGCUCUCCUGGCUGAAGCCUUAGCGAUCCGAUCUGCUCUUCAACACGCCAUCCAACUUGGCUACACUCAAAUCUGGCUCCGAUCAGACUCUCUUGUGCUCGUUCGAGCCAUCACUUUGAUCGCAAAACCGAAGAUCCUCCACGGAGUUCUCUCGGAUAUCGAAACUCUAUCAUCUGCGUUUUUUUUCUGCGUUUUUUCCUUUACCCCAAGAGAGCUUAAUGGGCCAGCGGACCAUUUAGCAAAAACUACUCUUUGUAAUGUGAACUCUUCUAGGGCCUAG